AUGGCGAAUGCAAACGAAAACCACAUUACGGCGUCUGUCGCUAUCAAACUGCCGGAUUUUUGGAAAACAGAUCCGGCCAUGUGGUUUGCCCAAGCCGAGGCACAGUUCCAUUUAGCAAAAAUCGUUAAUAAUGAGACUAAGUUUUACCACAUCGUGGCGAAAGUGGACCAAUCAGUCAUUUGUCAUAUAUCUGAUUUGGUAGCAGCGCCUCCGGAACAAAAUAAGUAUAAAACCGUCAAGGAACGUUUAGUUUCCCGCUUUGCGGUAUCCGCUGAAAGCCGCCUCGAGCAGCUGCUAGGAGCCCAAGACCUCGGUGACAUGAGACCAACCCACCUCUUGGCAAAAAUGAGAGAAUUGUCUGCCGGUUUGGGCGUUGACAACAACCUAUUAAAAAUGCUUUUUAUUCAACGUCUCCCGCUAAAAAUACGACCGGUAUUAGCCUGUCAUGACGGCACCAUUGAAAAACUCGCGGAAAUGGCGGAUAAAAUCACGGAUACUGCUACUAAUCCGUUAUCCGCAGCAGGGAUAGCACACAACGAACCAGAAUCCAGACACUAUCGUGGCAAAUUAUUGGAGCAAAUAGAAUACCUUACAGCAGAAAUUCGUCGGCUCAAAACUUCCAAGUACAACCGAGGCAGAUCUACUUCACGAAGCUAA